AUAAAUAAUACAAUUCCACAGUAAAAAUCCAUAUAAUGUUGUAAAAAUAAAGCUUUUUGAUGAAUUAAAGUAGGGUAAUAAUAAUAAAAGCUGGCAAAUGGCUCAUUAUCCGAGGAUGUAUAACCGAUUUUCAGAUUCCUGGAUAGAAUUCAAAUUAUGGGUAAUCCAAAAUUCAAGUUGGAUGGACAAAGACUCUAUGUAACACAACUUCCGAGUUCUCUACUGUUCUAGUAGCAAAAGCACAAACUUAUUUCAGGUACAUAAAUCAUUUAAGGAGAGACAUUGUGAUCAUCAUUACAACAAAUCUGCAUAUUCAUAAUUGAGUUAACACCCCAUGCCAUCAGUAUAAAUUGUAGUCACCUACACAAGAUUAUAUGCUGUUAAGCAUUUCUAGAUGGUCUAGCUCUCAGUCCAUUUCCUAAUAAGUUCAUCUGCAGUAAUAGAUCGACAUGAUGGAAGUGUCACAGAUGGAAGGCCUCCUUCUCCUCCUCUCCUUGUUGGGUUUCCCGUUUCUCUAUCUGAGGAGCAUCACCAUCAAAUAUUAUUGCAAAGUUGGCUUCUUGUUUUUCUUGGUAGGUUUUGCCUGUUUUUGGACCGUCAUCCUCUGUGCUUACAAGGGACGCAACAUGGACAAUGCAAGGAUUUUUAGCAAGCUACUGGUUCUCAUUAAGUAUUUCUUUGGCAUCAGAUUCAAAAUCCAAGGCCUUGAAAACCUUCCAGAUGAAGACUGCUAUGUGAUGGUGGCAAAUCACCAGGGAUAUCUUGAUUUCAUUGCACUGUCUGAAUUUCUUCCUCCACAAUGUGUUACCCUUACUAAAAAGGAGUUUCGGUUUGUGGGAUUAUUAGGCCUAACAUUUUGGCUGUGUGGCUUCUUCUUUAUUGACCGCGAGGAGAAAUCCCGGGCCAUCAACACCAUGUUAUACAUACAAAAAGCCAUGGUGGCAAAAAGGUUCCGGGUCUUAAUAUUCCCUGAAGGCACCAGGAACCAUAAUACUUCCAUGUUGCCCUUCAAGCAUGGGGCUUUUCACCUCGCUAUACAGGCCCAGGUUCCAGUCGUGCCUGUGGUGAUCUCUUCAUAUCAUCAUUUCUGCAGUACAAUACAGAAAACGUUCACUAAAGGGGAAUGCACUAUUCAGAUUUUGCCCACGGUGGAAACGCAAGGCCUGAAGGCAGACGAUGUCCUAGAACUCACCAAGUUGGUGCGAGACUCCAUGUUGAAAGUAUUCUACCAGAUUUCAGAGGAGGUCAAGCAGUGAAACCCACAGAUGGUGUUAGUGAUUGUUUGCACAACUGUAAUAAACCACAUAUUUUUGUCAG